AUGAGCACUGAGGAUAAACCGUCAACAUCCAAGGAACCGACUAAAAUGCCUGAAAAUGCAGCCCCUACCAUAUCGGCAGGCGAUGCAGCCGCUAGGCAAGGAGAUCUAAUAGAAGCAUUAGCUAAGGAAGCUGAGGAGCUCAGAAAGAAACUCGAUCAAGAACGGCAAAAGUUGAAUGAUAUUCCAAGGGACGUAUUCGCCAUAGAUGUACCAAAAUGCGAUACAGGAAAUGUCUUUAUCUCAGCUGGAGCUGAUAAACAUUCACUUGUCUGGGAUAUCCGUACUGGGCAAUGUGUUCAGUCAUUCGAAGGCCAUGAAGCUGAUAUCAACACCGUGCGGUUUCAUCCGAAUGGAGAUGCGUUUGCCACUGGUUCUGACGAUGCAACGGUUAGUUUUUCUAUCUACAUUGCGUUUUUGCUUAUUUGGAAAAUAAUAGCUCAGUUUCUCAAAAUCCAUCAAUUGAUUAUUUUUGCUCUUAGGAAUUUACCGGGUUGAGU